CACGACCGUGUCCGGGACCGGUUCAGUGAACGAAGAACCGCGCGGGAUCGCCCGGCCGCGCGCCCGUUGCUCCGCGGGACCAGUUGACUGGAAUCCUCGUCGUGGCCGGAAACGAUCCGAGGGAACCGGUGGUGCGGGCCAGGGAUCAGUGAUGAAUCGGGAAGUGCCAUGAGCGCGGCCAGUGUGGUGUGCCCCGGGGAACGUUUCUGAAUAGAAGGUAACAGUUCGUGCGGCCGGACAAGUGUUGAUCGUUUCGUGCGCGUGAUGAAGCGCCGCGGGUGGCUCAGGUAAAAGACACCCCCUGGGGCUCGUGUUAUGUGGAGGAUGCAGGAGGGCAGGACCGUGUCGCCGUUAGGACCGGUCGUUCUACCGCGGGAGGAAGCGGAUAUGCGUGCCGGACUCUCGCUACCACCCCAAGAAAGGCGGCACGUGUUGCUCCACGUACGCACCGGCGAGCCUUUCGUUCGGUACGACAGCGUGCGACAGCAACACUCGCCUUCCACCUCGCCGAUCCUUUGCCCCGUCGACAAGGACCAGUUCCAAGAGAUGGAAGCCAGCCAGGCCACCCUCAGGGAGAAGAGGAUGGACACCGAGAUGGAGGAAGAGGACGAGCAGGACGAGGAAGAAGAGGACGAGGUCGAGAGGAACGUUACUCCGAGAAGGAACAUGGAGGACGAGGAGGACGAAGAGGAGCAGGAGGAAGAGGACGAGGAAGUGCAUCCCGGCAGUCGCAACGGGAACUACCAGGAAGACGAGGACGUCGAGGUCGACGUCUGCCGCGACGAGGUCGACGAGAGCAACCCCAGCAGCCCGGUCGACCUGACCGCGCCGUCGUCCAGGGGCACCGGCUCCGAACAGUUCCUCAACCCCUUCGCGAACCGCGGCGUCCAUCCUUUCUCCUGUGUUCAGAGCGGUGGCCAGCCGACUGGCCACGGGACUCCUGUGUAUAUAUCCGCGCACGCGGCCGCUGCCGCCUCCACCGUGAUGACCGUAUGCACUUCCGGUAACGGGCCGCGGACCACCGGCACCGCGGCCGGCAGCAUCACCACCACCGCGAGCACCGUGCAGGCGAAGAAGAGGUGUCUCGCGUUCUCCGUCGAGAACAUACUGGACCCUAACAAGUUCACCGGCGGCAGGGUCGUGCACAGUUCUGUACAGCAUCGGCGGCACAGGCGGGCCGACAGUGUACACGAAGGUGACUUGCAUUGCUAA